UUGAUAUUUCCUUGAUGGUAACACCGCUUUAAAGGUAAUUUUAGUCCGUUUUAAAACCAGAAGUAUAGUUUUAAACGUGGAAUAUUGCACUGCAACUUAAUUAAUCAUAUUUUUAUAUUUCAUUUGUCCUUUCGGCUUUAACAAACGAAAAAUGUACAAAAUGGACAUGUUAACUGAAAACGGAAUAUUGUAAAUUAUGACAAGAUCACCAAAGAAGAUUUGACGGCUUCGCUAAUCCCUGUGCUGAUAAGAGUAAACCAACCGACAGUCAUGAGCGGAAAGCGGUCCGGAAAGAAGGGAAAGUCGCGGGUGAGUUUCGCGGAAGCUGAAGAGAAACCGCCGACACAGCUGGAGCUUAUGAAGGCGGAGCUGGAGCGACUGAGGCGCCGUGAUGAAGAGAAGCAAAAGAGACAGGAGGAGUACAAGAAAGAGGAGAUACGCCGUGUGCGUGCGCAGAUGGACGCCGAGAAGGAAGCAGCCGGGCUACAACUGAUUCCUGGAUCCCGGCUUAGCAGAGAGGAAAUUAAGAAAAAGCUGAACAUGGAAGAAAAAUGUUUAUUGAAAGAAGAACAGACGCAAAUUGCAGGAGAGACGGCACAAAUGAAGGCGACGGUCGGCAUGAAGCACGGACUGCACCACGGGAAACGGAAGCCUCCUGACCUUGUGGCGCUGGCGGCAGCAUUUGCGACUCCCACGAAGUCAUCGUCGGUACAUGGACUACCCGACCGUGUGGUUCGUCAGAUGACCAUGGAAGAGAUUAUGGACCUGAAGAAGCUCUUUGAUCUCUAUGACGUCGCCGGCGUCGGAUACGUGAGAAGAAAAGAUGUCCACAAAAUUGCCUCGAUUCUUGGCUUCAGAAUGACCAAAGCGGAAUUCAAAACAUCAAUAGAUACCGUAAUAGCCGACCCGACGGCCAAGGUCACGUUCGUGGCCUUCCUCGACUUUAUCAUUAAGGAACAGGAAGGGAACGACCCGUUUGAGGAAGUGCAACAGUGUUUCCGCAUUCUGGACCAUGACGAUAAAGGUUACGUUACCAUGAACGACCUCCGGGCAGCAGCGGACGAGACAAAAUGCGCGCUGUCCAACCGACAAUUGGCGGAAAUGGUCUCGGAGGCGGAUGCGAGCGGGGACGGUCAGGUGUCGCUGGACGAAUUCACUAUCAUCAUGCUACGGACUAGCGCUUUCAAUUUCUCCUAGUGCUUUUAAAAAAUAAAAGUGACACUGGCAUAUUACGGAUGCUGCAUACGUCUUCGGAGUUGCAUUAUUAGUUGGACAUGAUUUCAAAAGGACAAACAUGUUAUUUUAACUCGCCCUUUUUAAUAUUGAAGAGGGGAAGCAGGAUAUAAAAUGUUCACCACUGUCUAUAAUUGUGCGUUACAUUAAAACCAUCACAGGGGUGAAGGCAAGCGACGAACGGACCAUGAUAAUGUAAAAAUGCUGGCCAUUAUACCCAGCUAGAGCUGUCGCAUACAAAGUGUUCUCCUGUCACAUGUCUUAUGUACCCGGACACGGACAUUUUUAUUAUUUGUGUUUAAAGAUCUGAUCAUUAAACUGUCGCAUAAUGCAAUUAGUUUCUCUUUCGUAUACUAGUAUUUUAUCAAAUAGUGAUGCAGACGAGAUGGUUCAAAUAGUUCGUAUUGCAUGUGUAUUUUUCAUUUACAUGUAUGUAUUUGAUUGCACGAUUAUGUCCAAGGCAGAACGUCCAGUAUCGCCACGACCAUCAUACUAAAGUAUGUUAAAUUACGUGAUUGCUUACGUUAGUAUGUGUCUAAGAGAGAUAUGCGAUGCAAACAGGUUCUUAAUAUGUUUUGUAGUUUUCUACUUGUCAUCGCGACCUGUCUAUUGACUGGCACUCGUUUGUUUUAAAAAAUAAAGCCUGGAGGAAUUAAAACAUUGCUAAAAGUAUACGUUCCACUGUCCCUUUAAAAACAAUAACA